CCCCCCCACCCCUGUCUUCUUCAACCACAUUCUCUCACACUUUUCUCUCUGCAAACCCUCACCGGAAAAUGAACGAACCCAAUUUCUUCACCGGCGAAUACAGUUACGUUCACCGGAAAACCGAUGACGUCAUCUACAACAACAACAACAACAACAGCAAUCAGUUUGUCAUCGAUGACUUGCUUGUUGACUUUCCUAACCACGACGACGACGUCGUUUUGAACGAUGAGUUUUUCGAUAAUGUGAUAGGAAGUUCUGCUGAUUCGGAAACGGUUACUGCUGUUGAUAGCUGUAACUCGUCGGUUGCCGGUAGUGAUGUGUUGUUUUCCGGUAAUGUUAGCUCGCAUAGCUUCUCGGAGUCGCAGUUUUCCGGCGUUGAGCUUUCUCUUCCGUACGAUGACGUGGCAGAACUGGAAUGGCUAUCAACCUUCACACAGGACUCAUUCUCAACCGUCGAUAUUCACAACCUGCAACUCAUCUCCGCCGAGAAGACAUCUCCGGCCACCGCCACAUCAUCCUCCGUCACCACCACCACCACCACAGUUCCGUACAGAACAAACUCACAGAUUUUCCAAACCGACGUCGUUUUCAUUCCUGUAAAAGCUCGUAGCAAACGCACACGAACCGCUCCGUACGACUGGACCUCACGUAUCUUGCACAUCAAGCAACCGUUAAAACACACGAUCAAAAUCAAAGCUAACAAAACGGUGACGUUUAAGAGGCGUGAGGUUGUUCUAGAACAACCUUCGGUUAUAAAAUGCCUGCACUGCGGAUCUGAAAAGACUCCGCAGUGGCGGACAGGCCCGAUGGGGCCCAAGACGUUGUGUAACGCGUGUGGAGUUCGUUACAAGUCGGGUCGGUUGGUACCCGAAUACCGACCCGCUGCUAGCCCGACGUUUGUGUCGGCUAAGCACUCGAACUCUCAUAGGAAAGUGAUGGAGAUCCGACGUCAAAAGGAGGUCCGAAAUGUGGGUAAUGGGUUUGGUAAUCGGAGCUCCGGUUUCGUUGGAUCCGAUUGUGGUGAUGGUUGCUUGAUUGAUAGGCAAUGUGGGCCCGGGUUUAUGCACAUGAUUUAGUACUCGAGGGCGCAUGAGAAUAUGAGAUUAAGAGUUUAGCAUUAAAUAUUAUUUUAUAUCAAGUUAUUAGUUCUUUAAAGCUUUUUUGCAAUUGUUUUUUAGACUUGGAUUCUUAUAAGAUUUGUUAUACAUUUUUGGUAUUCUUAGUGAUAUAUCUUGUGUAAAA